AUCAUGGCGGUGGGGGAAAAACAGCAAGGUUACUAAAAGCGUAAUUAUUUCCUUUUUCGUUAAAAUUAUUCUUCGCUAUGCUUCAAAUGACAGUUAAUAAUCAACGGAGGAAAUAAUUGUGUAAUUUAUUUUCACAAAAUGUAACGCCUCUCUCUCUCCUCUCCUCUAUUUUCAUUAAUGUGACAAAAUUAUGCUCUAUCAUUGACAUUCUUUAUUCCAAUCGAUAAUAAGUAUCGAUAUUAGACAAUUUUGUUUACUGCUAUCGAAACACACGUAAAUACGUUUAGAAAAAUUUGUUUGAUCAAUGAGAUUACAUAGUGGUCGUCGUGGUAUUCCUUCAAAACAAUAGUAAAGCGUCGCUUGUUCAUUACGCGUGAAAAAAUCGAACUAAAUCUUUGUGUGGAACUGUCAAGAAUAAUAGUUGGGUUGCGUCAGACAUCGUCUUAUCGCUUCAGUGGUAUUUAUAUUUCAUAAUUAACCAAGAAUGGCAGACGUAAAGCAAGAACAUAAUAAAACAGACGAUGUUGAUGCUUAUGGCAUGGGCAAUAGUGCUGAUCCAAAAAAUAUGCAAGAAUUAACGCAAUAUGUCCAGACUUUGCUGCAAAAUAUGCAAGAUAAAUUUCAAUCGAUAUCUGAUCAAAUCACCGGAAGAAUAGAUGAAAUGGGAAAUAGGAUAGACGAUUUGGAGAAAAAUAUAGCAGAUCUCAUGACGCAAGCUGGAGUUGAAGGAGGUGAAAAAUAAUAUGCUAUGCAUUUAUACAAAAAAUGAAGAGACAUUUUUCGUCACAAAAUAAUAUCAUUUAUGUAAUUAUCAAAUUAUACAUAUAUUUAUUUAUAUUCAUUUAUUUCAAUACGAAUAAACUUGCACUUUCUUU